CUUUUCUCCAAAUUUCCUUAGAAAUAAAAUGCGAUAACAUCACGCUGUAACCGUAGCGUUCUCUUUGUUUAUUUUGUACGCAACGGCAUGUUGACCAAAUCUUAAAAAUAAAAGUUUAUCAAAUAAUUUGAAAUACUUCUAUUGUGCUAGGUAAGAGACAUAAUUUGCCAAAAUGAUGAACUCUUUUGUUGAAAAUGUUCGAAGAAAAAUCAAACCUCAGAAACCCGUGAAUGAAGCCAAAAGAGAAAAAAGGCUGAGAAAGAAACAAGCCAAAUUGGCACAACAGACAGAUUGUGGUCCUGGAACGAUAUAUAUCGGUCACAUACCGCACGGAUUCUACGAGACAGAAAUGAAGCAAUAUUUCUCACAAUUUGGGGAAGUCACCAAUCUCCGUCUGGCCAAAAGUCGUAGGAGUUUGAGGUCGAAAGGUUAUGCUUUCAUUCAGUUCAAAUCAGCUGAUGUCGCCAAAGUUGUUGCAGAAACCAUGAACAAUUAUCUAUUUUUUGAGAGGCUGCUGAAAUGCGAGUACGUUCCCGAAGACAAGCUACAUCCAGAUGUAUUUAAGGGUUGGAAAGGUAAAAGGACCAGCCGUGACCUCAACCGUGAUGUUCAGAACCGACACAGAUCUGAAGAGAGUAUUGCAAAGAGUAAACUUAACCGAAAGGAUAGAUUAAAGAAGCUGAAAAGUUAUUUGAAAGAUAAUAACAUUACUUUUAAAAUUAAUUCAUUUAAAAACAAGGAAUAAAAAUAUUUGUUUCUUUAA